AUGCUACUCUCCAUGUCCUUCACAAAUCUCGCCUGUUUUGGCAUUGCAUUUCUUGUCAUACGUUUUCUAACUACCCUUUUCAAGUCUCCCAGUUUUCUGAUACCGGGACCAAUUCUCGCUCGAUUUACGAAUGUCUGGUAUCUGUGGCAGAUGAAACGGGGUGAUUUCCAUCAUACCAACAUCAGACUUCACCAAGAAAAUGGAAGCAUCGUGCGCAUUGCUCCAAACUACUACAGUAUCUCUGACCCCGCUGCUAUCAAGACCAUCUACGGCCAUGGCUCCAGAUUCGAAAAAUCGGAAUGGUAUGAUGCGUGGAACUUCGGCCCUACAUCUGGCUUCACAAAUUUGUUCUCGGAGCGGAGCUCAAAGAAACACGCCGAGGAUCGCAGAAAGGUCGCUUCAAUGUAUUCAAUGACGUCUUUGGUAUCGUACGAGCCCUUGGUCGACAAUUGCAUUGAGAUAUUCAAGAAACGGCUCCAUGAGAUCUCAACCUAUGGCCGCAGCAUCGAUAUGGCACACUGGAUGCAAUGUUACGCAUUUGAUGUGAUUGGAGAAAUCACGUUUGGCAGUCGAUUUGGUUUCCUCGAGGCAGGCAAUGAUAUUGGAGGCGUCAUGGAGUCUAUCGACUCAGGCCUUACAGUCAGCUCCUACCUCGGUUUGUAUUCCUGGAUUUAUCCUUCCUAUCUCUGGAUCUCUAGGAAAUUGGGCUUGGGCCAAACAUUUGCUACCCAAUUCACGUUCCAGCAUAUACAAGAAACCAAAGCGACCAUGAAAAACCAUAGUGCCGACCUUCCGUCGCACAUGGCCAUGAAGCUUGUUCAGAAGCAGACGCAAAAUCCACAUGAUCUGUCAGAUUGGGAUGUUCUAUCUACUGCAGGGUCCAAUGUUGGGGCAGGAAGUGAUACCACAGCAAUCAGUCUGUCUUCAACCUUGUAUUACCUCCUUCGGAACCCCGAAUGUCUGGCUAGGUUGCGAAAAGAGAUAGAAGACUCCGGUGUUGGCUCCAGCCCUACGUUCAAGGAGACUCAGGCGAUGCCUUAUCUGCAGGCUGUCUUUAAGGAGGCAUUCCGUGUUCAUCCUGGAACAGGAUAUCCUCUUUUCCGAACGGUUCCCAAAGGGGGCGAAGUGAUAGCCGGACAGUUCUUCCCGGAAGGAGUCAAUGUCGGAGUCAACAGCUGGGUUUCGCACUACGACAAAGACAUAUUUGGCCAAGAUGCGGAUAUUUUCAGACCGGAGAGAUGGCUCGAAUCAAACAAAGAGCAGUUGAUUGCCAUGGAGCAGAACUACAUGCCAUUCGGCGCGGGUUCCAGGACUUGUAUUGGGAAGAAUAUCUCUCUGUUGGAAAUGGGCAAGUUGAUGCCCAUUCUGGUGAGAGAUUUCGACUUCGUAUUGAGCCGGAAGAUUGAACAGGAAAGCUGGGCAACAAGGGCACGAUGGUUUGUGAAGCCCCAAGAUUUCGAAGUCGGCGUUCGGAGAAGAGUCUGA